CCUCCAUGUCCCUCACUCUCACUCACACAACUCGGAACCAUAUAUCAAACACCCACAAAGCACAACAACAACUACUGAAAUGGCCAAGUUCACCGUCUUCCUAGCCACCUUGGCCGUCCUCCUCCUUCUCACGGAGGCCUCCAUCUACCGCACCACCAUCCAGAUCGACGAGGAAAACCCUAGCGGCCAGGGUCAGCAGGGCGAAUGCCAGGAGCAGAUCAGGAGGCAACAGAACUUGAGGCAUUGCCAAGAGUACAUAAGGCAGCAGAGCCAGCAGAGAGGCCGCCGCGGUGACCACCAGGGACAAGAUAUCGACCAAUGCUGCGACCAACUGGAGGAACUGGAAACCCGAUGCCGGUGCCAGGGGCUCCAGCAGGCAGUCAGGGAGCAACAGAGCCAGAGAAGAGGGCAACAGCCUCAGGAGGAGAGGAGGAUGUUGGAUGUUGCAAGGGACAUACCUUCCAUGUGUGACUUGCAGCCAAGGGAGUGCCAGUUUAGCAGUCCUAGGGUUUGGUUCUAGAGGAAGGAAGAGUUAAUAACGUAAUAAUAAUAAUAAUAAAAUGUGGUUGCAUGCAUAUCUCUAGAUAGAGAUUAUAAGUGUGUGUGACAUGUUUUAGUUGUCUGU